AUGGCGUCCACAGCCAACCACACGGUGGGGAUGGAGUUAUACCUCACACUAUUCUCCGAAGCCCAGGAGCUCCAGCUUGUACAUGGCUUCCUGUUCUUGCUGAUUUACCUGGUGGCACUGGUGGGGAACCUUCUCAUCAUUGUCCUGGUCACCGUGGACCAGUGUCUCCACACCCCCAUGUACUUCUUCCUGAAGAACUUGUCCCUCCUGGAUGCUUGCCUUGUCUCAGUCACUGUCCCCAAAUUCAUUGUGAGCUCCUUGUGCCACAGGAGCACCAUCUCUUUCUCAGGAUGUGUCUCACAGGUCUGGUUGGUGAUUCAGUUUGCUGGGGCUGAGCUUUUCACCCUCACGGCCAUGUCCUAUGACAGCUAUGUGGCCAUCUGCCACCCCCUGCACUAUGACAUCAUCAUGAACAAGGGAGUCUGCCGGCUUCUGGUGUCUGGCUGCUGGCUUCUGGGAGCACUGGACAGCUUGCUGCUCAUGCCCAUCACCAUGAGCUUCUCCUUCUGCAAAUCCAGGAAGAUCCUGAGCUUCUUCUGCCUGCUGAGGCUUUCCUGCUCAGACGUCUCCCUCUACAAGAUGCUCAUGUACCUGUGCUGCAUCCUCAUGCUCCUCAUGCCCAUCAUGGUCAUCCCCAGCUCCUACACCCUCAUCCUGCUCCUCAUCCACAGCACCAGCUCAGCCGAGGACCACAGGAAGGCGCUGGCCAUCUGCUCUUCCCACAUGACAGUGGUGCUACUYUUCUUUGGUGCUGCCAUCUGCACUUACACGCUCCCUGGCUCCCACCACACAGCACAGCAUGAUGUGAUGGUGUCCACCUUCUACACCAUCCUCACCCUUGUGCUGAACCCCCUCAUCCACAGCCUGUGCAACAGAGAUGUCACUGCGACUCCGAGAAGCCUGCUGCAGUCAAGGAGGCCCCUCCCAAGGGUUCUGAGAGGGAGCACCUGGGAGUGA